AUGGUCAACGUCACCUUGGUGACAGGGUUCCUUCUUUUGGGGUUCUUUGAGGACCCUUCAUGGCAGACACUCUGUGGCAUGCUCUUCCUGCUGCUGUAUUUGGUGGCCCUGAUGAGCAACCUUCUUACCAUCACUGUUCUCAGCCUGGACCAGAAGCUUCAAGCACCCAUGUACUUCUUCCUGAAGAACUUGUCCUUGCUGGACAUCUCUUUGGUGUCUAUUCCAAUCCCCAAAUUUAUCAUCAACAGUCUGCUCCAUGACAAUUCCAUUUCCAUUCCAGGCUGUGCCUUCCAGCUCCUUUUAAUGACUUCCUUCUCAGCUGGUGAGAUAUUUAUCCUCACUGCCAUGUCCUAUGACCGCUAUGUAGCCAUCUGCUGUCCCCUGAUCUAUGAAGCCAUCGUGAAUAGCGAGGCCUGUGUGUUGAUGGCAGGAGUUUCCUGGGCCCUGGGGCUGCUCUUUGGCGCUGUGUACACAGCUGGCACCUUUUCUGGGCCUUUCUGUGGCUCCAGUGUGAUAUCAGAGUUUUUCUGCAAUGUGCCCUCUUUGCUUAAGAUUUCCUGCAGUGAUACACUCCUGGUGAUCUACCCCAGUCUGGGCAUUGGUGUGUGUCUGAGCCUGUCAUGUUUCAUCUGCAUUGUAUUCUCUUACAUUCACAUUCUCUCCACUGUGCUGAGGAUUCCAUCCCUGAAAAGUCAGUCAAAAGCUUUUGCUACAUGCCUCCCCCAUCUCGUGGUCUUCUCCAUCUUUAUGCUCAGCGCAUUCACUGUUUACCUGAGGCUGCCUUCAGAUGCUCCCUCAGUCACCGACCGCCUGCUGUCUGUGACCUACACCAUGCUCCCUCCAAUCCUGAAUCCCGUCAUCUACACCCUGAGGAACAGGGACAUGAAGCAGGGUCUGAGGAGGCUGCUGCCAGCCCUGCCUGCCUGCCAGGCAUCCACCGCUUAA